CACAGCUCUACUAUCGGCUAUUCAGCUGGUGCAAUAAAAGGGGGAGGGGGGAUGAAAAAUUAAAAAUAAGAAAAUCAUCAUGGCUACAUCAACGUUGCAGCUGGAAUUUUCCCAGGCUAUGGCUGACUUCAAAAAGAUGUUCCCGGACAUUGACCGUGAAGUGAUAGAAGCUGUGUUGCGGGCCAAUUUGGGUGCAGUGGAUCAAACAAUUGACCAACUACUCGCUAUGUCAACUGACAACCAGAACGAAAAACUGCGCAAUGAACUGGAUGCUAAUGUCUCCCCACAACAGAGUCUCAUUAAUCUUAGCGACACGGACAGAGAGCUGCGACGCAAUCAUCAGCAGCCAAUAAUCAUCGACGCUACAGAUGGCGACCCAGAAAACACACUCCCAGCCGUUACCUCAAGUGCUGGACAUACGCAAUUACUGAGCACAACAACAGCUUCGCCGAAUCAUCACAAUACGGGCGCUUCGCCCAAACAACGUCCGUUCGGAGCUUCAACUAAGGGUAGUGGCAGCAACGCCAUUAAUACGCCCACCAAGCGCAACAUCAGUCACACCGUCGGAUUGUCCAACAAUAGCAGGAAUUGGAGUCCUUCUAUAUUAGGUGUCCUGCCACCUGGAUUUCUGCGCGUGGCGCCCUCUGGCGGUCAGCAAGAUUUCGAGUUGCCCGAUGAACAGUUCGCCCUGAUGCUACAGAAUGAGGAGUUUAUGAACCAGCUGCGAUGGAAUCAGGACUUUAUGAGUGCACUGGAGAAGGAGCAGAGCGGCAAGGCCAAGGGCGAAGAUGAUGCGCCCUUCCAGGAGCGACUCAAGAACAUGGGAAAAAUGUCCCGUAAAAAGUUUCUACAAAUGGCGCGUGUUUUCACCUGGCAGCGCAAUAAAAAAGUAACAACCGCCAAGCAAAUCGAUUCGUUGCCGCUGCGUGAGGAGCAUAGCGACGAUGAGGAUCAUAAUCAACAACAGCAACAAUCUCAACAACAGCAGCAACAGUCACACCAGCAGCAACAGAUCCAGGUCCAACCCCAGGGUCAAUUACAGUUGCGCAAAUAGAGCUAAAGAUAUAAAAAUAGAUAACUCUAGGGCUCCAUUGAUUGUUAUCUUACAUAUAUAGUAUAUCGCAUUAUAUUAUUUCAAUUGUACCAUACGUGCAAGAUCUUUACAACAGACAUAAGGUAAAUCGUAUUCUGAACACAUCUUACGUAGUAAUCUUCAUGCCAGAAUCUAACGAAAUCUAAAAUCUCGCUGCGUUACAUCGUUACAUAUAUUUAAUAUAUAUAAUUCUAGUUUUAAAUUUCGUGUAAUAACCUAAAGUGCAAUU